AUGCUCCCUUUAGAGCAUCUCGACCGUGCCAACGUGCUUGAAAACUCGGCCCUAGCCCUUACGGCUCGGUAUGAGCGGCGACGGGACACUGCAGAUUUAGAUCUCGCGGUUACCUACCACAUAAAAGCUCUGGAUUUACGCCCACAAGGACACCCUGAUCGCUCAUCGUCAAUUCUAAAUCUUUCUGACGUGCUACUCACGCGCUAUGAGGGAGAAGGGCGAUCUGAGGACCUUGAUCUGGCUAUUCGUCACAGCAGCGAAGCAGUACAACUCUAUGCUGUAGGGCAUCCGUGGCGUCCCUCGGCACUCACGACACUUGGAAACGCAUAUCGAUCUCGCUUUGAGAAGCAGGGGGACUACACAGACUUAGAGUUAUGUAUUGACACUUAUGGUAGCGUGUUAGGUCUCCACCCUCCAGGCCAUUUGGAUCGUCCGAUGUCACUCAUGAAUCUUGCCACUGCUCUCAAGACUCGAUUCGAUGGACUCGGCGACCGAGCAGACUUGGAACUAUCCAUCACACAUUAUAAAGAAGCGCUAGCAGUCUGUUCACCCAAACAUUCAAGUCGCUCUUCUUUGCACAUGAAUCUUGCCAAUGCUCUGUUAGUCCAUUUUGACCAGGCAGGGGAAAUUGCCCACCUAGGACUCGCCAUUAAGCACUACGAGGAAGCUCGAAAUUUACUUCCUCGUGAAUCCCUUGACUAUCCGUUAUUACUCUCCAACCACGCUUCCGCGCUUCUUACACGCUUUAGUCGCGCAGGAAGUCAGACAGACCUAAACCUGGCGGUUGAGUACUGCGGGAUUGCUGUCACUAUGUGCCCUCCCGAAAAUCGCCACUAUCGCUCGCUACUCAUGGUGUUUGGUAAUGCGUUGCGAGCUCGUUUUAUGCAGUAUGGAAAUUUUGAGGACCUCCAACUGGCUAUCGAAAAUUAUGAAGGUGCAUUGAAGAUGCCUCCUGCGGCCCAGCUGGAUCAUGAUACACUGCAUCUUAACUUGGCCAAUGUUUACUUCACUCGAUUUGAACAUAAAGGAGACGCAAAUGAUUUAUCUGGAGCCAUUAAAUACUGUGGUCAGGUUCUGGCCUCACGCUCCCCCAACCACCCAGGCCGCUCCUUGCUGCUUCAGACUUUUGCAACAGCUCUCCGAACUCGGUUUGAUCAACAAGGUGACUUGGAAGAUCUACAACUUGCCCUCACUUAUCAUAACGAGGCUUUGCGCCUGCGACCUCCAGGGCAUGCUGCGCGGUCGACUUCAUUGACUGAAUUGGCAAAUUCGCUCUUAGUUCGUUACUCUCAGCAAGGGAAUUUUGCAGAUCUGGAGCUCGCCAUUGAACAUUAUGGCAGUGCGCUGCAGUUGCUUUCUCCGGAUAGCCCUAACCGCUCGUGGCUCCUGAUGAGCUUUGCAAAUGCUCUAUUUUCCCGCUUUCAGAGUGAGGGGGACUCAACAGACCUGGAGCUAGCAAUUGAGCAAUAUCGUGCGGCACUGGAAUCCCAUCCUCCCAACCACCCUAAGCUUUGUGUGUCACACACAAAUAUUGCCAAUGCCUAUCUAACUCGCUUCGAACAACACAAAAUGUCUCAGGAUAUCGAGCUUGCUGUGCAACACUAUGAGAGCGCUUUGGCGUUGCGCCCUGUUGGUCAUCCGAAGCACUUUUUAUCGCUAGUGAGUUUAGCGAAUGCUCUUGUUGUGCGCUAUUUGCAACAGGAGGAUCCAGUAGACCUCAAUCGUUCCACCGAACAUUGUCAGACUGCACUUGAUAUCUGCCCUCAAACCCAUCCUGAUCGACCGUCAAUAUUUUAUACUCAAGCCAAUAUUCUCCGCCUUCGUUUCCAGAAGCAGGGAGAUAUCACCGAUCUCAAAAAUGCCAUCGAUUACCUCCAUAUUGCAAUGGAGGCUCUACCCGAAGGUCACCCAGAUCUCUAUAUAAUCUAUAACUAUCUCGCAUUAACUCACAUUGCAAGAUAUACAUUAUCCCACGACGUUGACGAACAGCAACAGGCUUUUUGGUACCACGAACGAUCUGCUAAUCAUGCUACGAGUGGUACGUGGCGACGGUUCCAGGCUUCUUUGUCUUGGAUAUCAGAAGCCAAGAAGCAGCAACACUCAUCACUCCUAUUGGCCCAUAAAACCUCUGUUACUCUCCUCGAUCGCUACUUACUGUCUACGCCGUCCAUGCAAUCACGUCAUCAGGCUCUGCGAUCCGCACCGUCAUCGUUAGCGUCAGAGGCUGCAGCACAAGCAAUAAAAGAAAAUCGCUUGGAUACUGCUGUAGAGCUCUUAGAGCAAGGUAGAGGUUUACUGUGGGCACAGCUUGCACGACUGAGGACUCCACUUGAUCGUCUUCGCCUUUUGGGCGAAGAUGGGUGCAAGCUUGCUGAAGGCUUCGAACGUCUGAGCAAACUACUGGAGAGUGGAAACUCCUUUUCUUCCAGGGUUACGGACGAGUCAUACCUGCCGUUCGAAGAAAAGGCAAAAUUCUAUCGACAUACGUCUGAACAAUGGAAUACAACAGUAAACAACAUUCGUAAAUUCGAAAAUUUCCAGCAUUUCAUUGAACCUACACCAUUCAAUGAACUCAGGAGCGUAGCUGAUUGCGGGCCUGUUAUAAUUGUAAACAUCAGUCAACCUUGUUGUGCUGCUAUCAUCGUUAUGAGUGACGGUCAGGCGCAGCCAAAUGAAGGUAGUCCCGAGCUCGAGUUGAAGUCCAUAGACAAGGAACUUGCGUUAGCUAGGAGCCUUAUUCCAGCAUCGAUGUCUUACUCCGAGCUGACUGGUAGUGCAAGCACGUCGGAUGCUGUGUUACGUGAAAUGCACGAACACGGCUGGGUACAUCUAGCCUGUCACGGAAAGCAAGAUAUCUCACAACCUUUCGACUCAUCUUUUGCCCUACGCGAUAAACCGCUUCGCUUACUGGACAUUAUACAUGCGGACCUUGCUCAUCCAGAAUUUGCGUUUCUGUCGGCAUGCCAUACCGCUGUUGGUGACAAGAAUACGCCUGACGAAGUCAUCCACCUAGCGGCAGGUAUACAAUUUUCUGGGUUUCGGAGUGUCAUCGGCACUAUGUUUGCCGUCGACGACAAGACUACUCAUUAUAUGGUUUCGGAAUUCUAUAACGUCCUUUUUGGCGAAGGUAUUGAUGGCACAAACGCCGCAAAGGCACUGAAUAAGGCGGCGAAGGUGGUAAACAAGGACGAGACCUGUAUCAUGACUUCUCGCCAAAGUGAACAAGUUAUGACCAUGGACCAAGGGACGAGGCCCAUCGAUAGAAAACCGUUAGCGUCCUGUAAUGGUUUUAAUCUAGUAUUCAAGGGUUUGGGACUCGUAUAUCGACCACUGGUCAACGUUGACAUACCGGAGUGUAUUAUGGAUCAGACUAGAAUAAUGGCCCCUCUAUUCAAGUCCGCCCUCAAAGUCUUUAGAAGCAAACCGCCUACCUCCGUCGACAAGCUCGUCAUUAAUGGUUCCAUCAACUCCAUGUUCGUUAGGUUUGAGCCUCAGGGACUCGAGGCCUUGUUCAUCGACACUAUGGCCGACGCCUUCAAAGACAUGGCAGCUAAAGAAGGAGUGAACAUACAAAUGUCCCUGGUGCAAGGUGACAAGGAGACACGCGGCAUGUUCGUUCACUCCAAGAGACCCCCAGGAGAUCUGGAUGCUGUGGCCCAACCUGAGGUCUCUGACCUCUGUAGCAACGUCCAACAGCUGCGCCGUAGUUGUCUCUUCCAGUCUUCUCUUUCGAAAUACUCCAUCUCGUCUCUUGAUACCUGGCACGGAAAAGAUACGAUGCCUAUGCAAGAGGAGAGUGGGACGGACUUCGUAAUAGAUCCUCCUGCCAAGUGUAUGGUCCCUGUUGCGAAACCCAUUGUUCUUUCUUCUAAAGAUUACCAUGGCGUUGAGCAAAAUUUAGUUGUCGUGAACUCUUCACAGAAGCCUAAAGCUACUGUCGAAGGGGUCUCUGUUAUAAAACAUCAUGCUCUUCAAGUUCUUUUUGAAGGCAAACGCGGUGUUGAGCAAAGCUGUGGUCAAUUUGUCGUUAGCCCUUCUCAGAAUUCUAGGUCAAACGUCGAAGAGUCCCAUGCAAAGUCCACUAUGCUUCCUUCCGUUGAUCACUGUGGCGUCGAACAAAGCCCAACUAUCGUUAAUUCUCUGAAGAACCCGAAGAUUACAGUCGAAGAAAGGGCACGUGAGAUCAAGAAAACACUUUCCUGCUCACCCCCAAAAGAAGGAGAUAUAGUCUCGGACGAUACGUGCGCGAAUCUCGCGGCUGCGUGCUUGGACUGGCAAGAGGGUGAUGGUGAUAUCGAAAAACUGGCUUUGGCUGAAAUCAUGAAGGCUUCCCCGAAGCGAGUCGAUUCACCUACGAGCGUUCCCGUUACCCCUUCCAGCCAACAUUCUUAUGAGUUCAAUCCUGCUUACUCUUUCUCUUCUGACGGCUAUUCGACACCGUCCAGUACGUUCUCCACUCCUUCCAAUCUGUCUCUCUGCACUCCUGCUACUACUCCCUCCAACUCUCUUUAUGGCCGCUCUCGUAACAAGGACGACGCUGCAUCCGUUGAACGAAUUCAAAGGCGCAAGGGUGUAUAUCUAACCGGACGAUCUAUCAGAGGUCGGCCUGUUGGCAUCAUUAACGGUUGCUUCCAGAAUCGUGGUAUACCUAUCAAUGCAGUUGAUGAUACAGAUAUCAUGAUUGGUGAUGACGUAUUUGAGAUCCAGGAUGAAGUUGACGAAAUAAGGGUUUCUAGAAGAGGAAUUCAAGAAGUAGCUUACAAGCGAUCCUCCUACUGUUCAGCUAUAAAUUCUCUCAUGACAGAAGCUGUUUCUAUCGCCUCCGAUGAUAGUGUCCCCAGGAGAAAUUGCAUCGUCGAUUCCAUUUACAUUUAUGGAAAAGAAUGUAUUUUCACCAGUAGUUCUCCAUCGAAUCCCUCUCUCCGCACCAGUUCGCUCAGCAUGACCUCCAUUUCGUUUGAGCUUGAACCUGUCGCCUCAAGUACUGCCCUUAGUUGUGGCGACCUUUCUAGUCUAGUCAUGUUUGGCGAAUCUGAAGAUGUCAGAUAUUUCACCGACGAGUUCUUUGAUAUCAGUCUGGCUGAUGGUGCAGCUUUCCAGGACCACCAUCUAUCGUACGUCGGCAAAGAUCAUACGCCUGCGUCUGGCAAGAACCUCGAGCAUUUCCGCAUCAGCCAUCAUUCCACCGAGGCAGAUACACUUUGUAUCACCUCGAAGAAGGGUCGGCAUAUGUCUCGUCUUGCAACGAAGGCACCCUCUCCUUCGCGGUCCAUCUUCUUCCGAAAAUUAUUUCCAAAGACUUCCGCCAAGUUCUCAUCUGCCGAAUCUUUCGCUUUACGCCACUGCAAUCCUAAUCACGUGAACCUCGGUGCGGUGCGCCUUGCCGAGUCCUUGUCUCUGGAUUUUGCCUGCGCUGGCCUCGAAACUUCGUGGUCUGUUUCAGGAAGCGAAUUUUUUUGUCCUAUCUUUGCACGAGCUCCGCCCUCCGCUUUCGAAGCUCCCCAGAAAUUUGACGCAGAGGCUGAAAAGCUUCGCGUCGCUAUAAACUCAAGCCCUUAUAUCCUAUGGCAACGAUUCGCUAAAUCGGUCAAAACGUCGUGGUCCUGUACUUGA